AUGAUUGUAUCUGUUGUUGAGCAGCCAUUCUGGUACUCAGAGAAAGCCAUAUCCAGAAAUAAAAAACAUAUUUUCCUUCGCAAUUUUCGAGGAUGUUUACAGGAUGCGGAACCACUUCAUUCAUUUCAAAAUCACAGCGAUUUCGUAACGGAUGUUGCGUGGUCGCCUGUUCAUCCUGCCGUUUUCGCAUCGGCAGAUGCCAGUGGAAAUGUAUUUUUAUGGAAUUUAAACGAAAAUACUGGAGCUCCGAUAUCGGAGGCACAAACGGAAAGGGGAUAUGGAGUGCGCAAAAUGAGAUGGAUACAGGACGGUCAGUGCGGAUACUUUGCAUAA